CUGAUAUUUGCAUGUCCAGUUUUGUCACAAAGUUUUUGUGGUACUGGAAUUGAGGAGCUUCAUGUAGACGCUACUUUUAAAGUGGUUCCAGUAAACAUGGGCUAUCAAUUAUUGAGCGUACAUGCUAUGAUACAAAAUUAUUCAAUACCAAUAUUAUAUUCGCACUAAUGGAAUCAAAGUCUAGGAAUUCAUAUGACAGUGUAUUUCGAUAUGUUAAAGAUAAUCUUUUAGCAAACAUUUCUCCAAGGAUUAUCAUAAGUGAUUAUGAAUCUACACUUAGAGAUGUUCUACAAUCAUAUUUCCCUGAAGCUCGAACAUCUGGUUGUUGGUUCCACCAUAAUCAAGCAGUUUUUAAAAAUAUGAAAAGUAAAGGAUACUAUAGGCUUGUAAAUACUAAUCAAUUUGCACUGCAAAGCUUAAACCUUUUAUUUGGCCUUCCACUGCUUCCAUAUCAGGAUAUAGAAAGAGCAUUUCAAUUAAUUAAAAUGUAUGCAAUCAACCAUGGAGUAGCGAUGCAUAAUUUAUUUGACUAUUAUGAGAGGUAUUGGUUGCGCCGUGUGGGAACUCAGAUAAUUUCAGUUCAUGGACUUCCUAGGCGUACAAACAAUAAUAUUGAAAGUUUCCACAAUAAAUUAAGAUUAAAAUUUUCAGUGACUCAUCCCAAUCUAUGGAUAUUUUUAAGUAAUUUGAGUAAUUUAUUUAAUAAUUACCAUGUUAUAAUGAGGCAGCUUGAAAAUAAUCUUCAACCUACUAGGAGUCUGAAGGCAAAAUAUUUAUCACAAUCCAAAAGACUUAAAAAUGCCACAAGCCAAUACGAUGCUGGGAUCAGAAGUAUGUGGCAGUUCAUGCAAUUGACUUCGUAUACCACAUCAAGAUAUAUAUCUCGACAUAUAAAUUGGAUCAAUGAGGUAGAUCCAAAUUCUGAGCCAGAAGUGGAAGCUGCUGCUGUUGUACAGCCAAUUCAGGAACCACAACUGCCAAUAGCUCCACAAGUGUCAACGUGCAUAGUAUGUUUGAAUGCAAGAGCAGCAAAUAUUCAACAGCAUAUUGUUAUUCCUUGUGGUCAUGCAUGGGUUUGCAACAAUUGCAUUACAUCCCUUCCAGCACCAACAAGAUGCCCAUUAUGUCGAAUGGAAGAAGUCACUUUUCAAAGAAUUUUCUUAAAUUAAAAUUUUCUAUUAGUUUUAAAAUAUUUAAUUGUUCAUCAAACAAAACUACACAAUAUGACAUACAAAUUAAUUGAAAAAUGUUGUGAUAGCUAUGAAGUAUUUCAAGAAACUGUUGAUUUUUUCUUGGAAAACAGCCAACAUCUUCUAGCAUUUCCAUGUACUGAUCACAAAAAUGACAUUUUUUUAUUUAUAAUUACUUAUUAUAUUACCAUGAGAAUGAGACAAUACUCACGUAUAUCUAAUCAAAAGCGAAGUUAGAAAUCACGCAAAAAAAAAAACUUUUCAAACUGAUAGCAACAUAGUAACUAGUAAUACGCAUUCAUUUAUUUAGAAAUAAUAGUGAAUAUAAAAAGUUUGUCGUUGAUUUGAAUUUUUGAAUUUUUGAUCGUUGUUCAGUUAUCACUAGCAUCCAUGACGAAGUAUUAUUUCUAACCUAACCACUAAAUAAUACCUUAUCAAAUUGUUAUAAAAUGUUUAUAACAUUAUAACACCUUUAUUCGUGCAAUAAAAUGCAUUUUUGAAAAAAUGUCAGUUAACACCUUUGUCCAUUGACCCCUUCAAUUAAGAAAAGUUUAUCACCUAUAAUAUUAUUUUUUUUCAUAUUUUUAUUCAAGUUGCAGUACACAAUAAUAAUAUGACAUGUCUGUGUUGCAAUCAGUAUUUUCGAUCAGUUAUUAUCGGGCAUAUACUUUCCGGAACUAUACGUUUCGUUAAAAAACGCGCGUUGUUGUCCUGUUAAUUAGGUAUUUAGGAAUAGUGGAAAAUUAAAAUAUAAUGUAUUAAUUGUUAUUAUACGAAUAUUAACAUGAUAAGACGUUAUAAUAAUAAUAAUAUGUACCUAAGUAUUAGCCAUUAAGGCUUUAAAAAAUUAAAGUCCCAAGCUAAUAAUACAUAGUUAGCUAUUAUACAUGUUUAAUAUUUUAAAAUAUAUUACAAUUUUCUACUAUUUUUUGAACCAUCAAAAUAACUAAACUGGAUUCUUUUUAUUUAAUGCAAUACCUAUCAAUAAGAAUUUAUUUAUACCUAUUUAAGAUACAAUUAAAAUGAAUAUAAAACCCUUUUGGUUAUUAAUAAA